AAGGCCGGAAUACGAAGGUUUUAGGAUGAAGUCGUUGUUUUCUCUGACUGUAUUUAUCAAGUUCGUUCUGAUAUUGUUGAUUUUUCCAAACGGAAGUUUGGGAAAUUUGGGGAGCAAUGUCAGUUUUUGUGGCGGCCGAAGCGACGGCGGAUCUGGGAGCUUUCAAAUUCCGGGAAGUGAAGCAGGUUUAGAUAGAGUUCCUAUAUCCCUGUCCGAGGUCUGUCAACGAUUAGUCAUCAAAUGUACAUAUGUCGCCGACACAACAAGAAAUCUUAAAUCUUUAUAUGCUGCCAACAAAAUAGAAGAUCCCAGUUUGCUUGCAGCCCUCGCUACAACUUCACGCCUUACCGGUUUCCCGCCGAAUCCUUCCGAAGGCAUGCUGAACGAGACAUUGUUGAAUAAUUUCAACGAUCAGCAGAAAAUUCUGGCAUUUUUGAGAUUGGCGAAGAAAAACGAAUUGUCCUCGGCGUAUAAAAGGAGUAUAAGCACAAUCAUGAACCAAGUCAAAGGCAACCUGUGUGAACUUUCGGUAUUGCUGAAGAGUAGGCAUAUACCAGCAGAGCGAAUCCGGGUCCAAAUGCCGAACAAUUACAAAAUUAUGUCACAAACGUCUCGAUACUCCUGGAUAUACGUUUUGCUGCGAGACGUUUUAGAAUUCUUUGAAGGCAGCACAACCCUGUUCACGUCAUACAGUUGAUAGACGCUCUUUAGUAUUAGGGAAUCGAAGGGAGAUCAAAUGCCAAAGGAGGACAUAAGGAGACCAGAAUGGCAGUGCGAUUCAAUUUAUCGAAAUCCAUUGUAUGAGUGUAUUUAUGAGUGAAUGUGUGUGUGUUACUCGGAGGGUGUACGUGUUUAUUUGUAAUGUGUAAAGAAGGCUUAGAGGGAGGCAGACAGAGAGGGAGAGAGAGUAAUUUAUUUUGCAAUGAACGUUUAAAUAAUCAUCAAUAAUUUAUUUAUUUAUCAUAACACGAAAUAUAUACAUCUGAAAAAUGUCAUUUUAUUUCAUUAAUUUUAUCUGUUUUUUGCAUUUAUAUAUUCCUAUUUACAUAUCCGUUCCAACAGACUAGGGCUAAAUACCGUACAAUACUGCUGUAUCAGCAACAAAGCUAAUUGGUCACAUUACAUUGUAUGACUGUUAAGUUGUAAUGGAGUUCGAUGAUGGUUGGCUAUCAAAGAUAUUAAGAUGAGACAAGUCUUUAAAACGAUUAAAUGAAAUACUCGAGUUCAGAAGAGAUACAGAAAGUUGAACAUAUUUUAAAAUCAUCCUAUCUAAUUGUUUUCUAUGGAUUGCUAAAAUAACAAAGUUUCAGCAUUUGGUAAGACGAUUACUACCAAGGACGAUUAAUAAUAUAUUAAAAUGUUCAAAUGAAAUUCUGCUUUGUGUAAGGUAAACGUCUACCUUAUAUUAAUUCUCUGAGUAAUUAUAAAGAGAGUGAAAAAGAACAUGAAACGAGGUUACCAUACCUGUUAAGAUGUAUAUGAUAUAACAAUUUACAUUUUUUAUACUUUGUUUAACUACAUUGUAUUGUUCACCUCAUUUCCUAAUUAACGAUGGCUGGUUAUCUCAAAUGCAAUAAUAUGAAUGUUUAAAUUGAAAUGGCAAAAAAAUGAUGACAUUGAAAAUGUAACUCAAUUCAACCAUAUCAGUGAAAAACAUUCUCAUGUGUCACAUGCUCAUUUUCACGUAUGGAGAUUACAUAUUACAGUUAUUGUCUUAGAUUUUUUAUGAUAUUUUUAUUUAUUGAGUGUUAUUAA